UUGAAUAAAAUUAUGGCAAAUGAUACUUAUUGCUGAUACAAUUUUAUAUAAAUGUAGAAAAGUUGAAAAAGUGGAAGAAACAGAAACUAAUUGAGAAAAGACUAGACACAUUGAAGAACUUAAAUUGUGAAUCAUUUUCAGUUGUGAAAAAGAGUAAUAGUUUGAAAAUAUCUGUAUGCCAAAUAGCAUCAAAAAUUAGUCAAAAGUAUAGACUGAUAAAUGACAAGGAAAGUCAUAAGAUGUAUUUACAUUCAGUGAAACCAAACUUUGAAGGAAAUAGAAUAGUUAACAUUAAAAAAUUUCAGCAGCAUGUCAUGGAUAUCACAACACACACAGCAUUGUGUGAUUCUGCUAGGGCUAAGGCAGCUAAGGGAGAAAAUGUUGUUUCUUUACAUUCUGAGAAACAGCACGGAUUUUAUUUCAUUCUGACUAUCAUUUGCUGUGGAUGUGGUGAAAAAUUUAAUAUUGAUAAUAGUGAUAAAAUAGGAAAUGAAAACAUACAGGAAAUUAAUUUGAGAUGUGUUUGGGGAAAUAUGGUGACUGGUGGUGGGUGCUCAUCCUUGAAUGAGUCAAUGGGAACAAUGGGCAUUCCAGGCAUUAAUGAGAGGACUUACUCUAAAAUUGAGGGUCAAAUUGGAAAAUUAUGGAAUGAUGUUCUUCAGGAUGAAAUGAAACAAGCUGGAGAGGAAGAGAAGAGAAUUGCCAUUGAAAAUGAUGAAUAUUUUCAGGGUGUACCAGCAAUAGCUGUUGUCUGUGAUGGUGGCUGGUCGAAAAGAAGUCAUAAGCAUACGUAUAAUGCAAUGGGUGGUGUAGGUGUAAUCUUUGGAUUGAAGACCAAAAAAUUGCUUCAUAUUGGAAUACGAAAUAAACUAUGUUAUAUUUGUAGUCGGGCAGCAACUAAAAACCAGGAACCCGUAAAACAUGAAUGUUUCAAAAAUUGGGAACAAUCGUCACAAUCGAUGGAAAGUGACAUAAUAUUGGAAGGUUUCAGAGAAUGUGAAAAGAAGUACGGUUUAAGAUAUAUGCAGAUGAUUGCAGAUGGUGACAGCUCUGUAUAUGCUACGAUUAUCAAAAAUAUUCCAAUUUGGGGGCAAAGGUAG